AUGAAGCAGUUACAUGCCAUAUCAUUUAUUGCUUUGCCUGUCUUGGCCAUUGCAAGAGGUAUUUCUUAUGUGACUGAUCUCGCGAUAUUCGAGUCACUGGCUCCUUGUAUCUCCAGUGCGAUCUCAUACAAUAUUGCCAAACAGACUCGCUUGUCAUUAUGCGAUGACUCGAAGACAGGAUUACAAGAAUGCAUCUGUUCGACCCGCAUACACAAAGUUACCUCCACUAUUUCGAACGACAUCAGGCAUGGCUGCGGCCCCAGUGCGUCAGAAGACAUCUACAGCGCGCUCAAGGUGAUGCAAAAGUACUGUAAUCAGGAUAAACAUAUUACAUUUUCCUCGCCGACGACAAAUAUCGUCGACGCGCAUAUUACAGAUCUGCCCGAACUAGCAUAUAUGCCCCCUUGUGCGCAAAGCGCAUUGUCUUAUGCUGUAAUGGGAGUGGGAUCGGAGAGGUGUCCCGAGGCCGCCAAGUUGAACGCUCCUUGCGUGUGCAAUAAGAAAGAUGUUGUUCGGGAUAUCGAAUCGACUCUGAAGAGCGCAGCCAAGCGCUCUUGUUCGAAUAACGCAGAUGUCACUUCAGCGCAGAACUUUUAUAGUCAGUUCUGUCUCAUGAAUGAAGGCAAGAUGUCAUUUGCAUCGCCAAAAAGUCCUCCAGGUGAUAUGUCAUAUUAUAUCACCGCUCUUCCGGAGUUUAAAUCUCUAGAUGAGUGCGCCCGCAAGGGUCUUUCUGCCGUCGUCAUGAAUCAAAGUUCCUGGCUAUGUGGUGGUGGGCCUCAAGAUCUGGCUUCGUGCGUUUGUAUAAAGUCAGGGAUGUAUAACAUGAUAUCUAGUAGUUUGACCGAGAGUGUCAAUGACUACUGCGACGGUACAAACACUCGCAAUGCCACCGCUGCCGCUGACGUCUUUCGGUACUAUUGCAGAGCUGCUAAAGAUCUAGUUGUUGCAACUGUGACCGAGUCUAUCGUCCAGUCUCACGUCACAGCCAACUCUAGUACCUAUUCCGAUACAGCUAUCUCCAGGACAAUUAGCUCAGCUGGAGCGACUGUAACUUCGACCACUCACACAGACAAUGCAAAGGAGUCGGGCUCCAGUGACGAAAACGAAAAACAGGACAGCUCGCAUAACAAUGUCGUACCCAUUGCUGGAGGAGUUAUCGGAGCUGCCAUAUUUACGGCUCUCGGUAUAGCAUUGUUCUUUUUUAUCAGACGGGAGCGCCGGUGGCGGACUCGUGGAGAGCGACUUUGUGAUGAACCCCCUCAGUAUUCUGGACAUAUGGGCAACAGCGUCUUUAUCCAAGGUUACAAACCAGCCCCAGCUGUUUCAGGACUACGAUCAGCUGUGUUAUCUAAUUCCAGGUUCAACGGAGGGAAAGACUUUCCGGGAAUGUCUUCAAAGCAUGCACCAACAGUUGAGUUGCAGGCUCAUCUUGCAAGGAUGAAUCAAUCUCCAAGAUACUCGCGGCAGUCUGGUGUGGGAACCCUGUCGGGGGCUACAGAGUCAUACGAACUGGGUUCAAGUUUUCGGAUAUCAAAAAAGUGA